CUUCAGAGCACUCACUUCUACUCGCGUAGCGCGCACGGACAUUCGCCACCUCGUCAGGACCUGCUUUGGCAUAUGGACAAAACGAAGUCGAAACUCGCUGCGUUCUUCGAUGACGAUGACGACGAAUCUUCGUUUCCACAAAAGGAGGUAGACGACCAGAAACGCUCUGUGUUCACGCAGGGCGUUGUCAGGAAGUCUAAGCGGGAGAAGGAAAAGGAGGCAGCCGAAGCUAAACGCAGGGAAGAAGAGGAGAAUGCUGCUAGAGCAUACGCGGAGUUCUUGGAUGCGUUCCAGGGAGAGGCCGUCGACCGGAAGAAAGGCGUUUCGGCAUUUGUGAAGGCGGGAGAAAGCUCGGCAUAUGCUCCAGCGACCCGAGGCAAGGCAGCUGGUGGUCAAGGCAUGCGAGCUUUCGAGUUGGAUACCAUGCAACCGCCGUCUCCUCCGCCAGCUGCACCAAAACCCAAAGGAAGACGCGCAAUGGACUCUUUCCUGGCAGAAAUCAAAAGAGAGCAGGCUGAUCGUGAAACCAGGCUCUCCCGACAUGCGACUCAAGGAAGAUCCGUCACCUCGAUUGCUGCCUACGAGGGGCAAAGUGGCAGCAAAGAUAGAGGAGACCCUGCGUCCACGAAUGUCUUUGUCGCCAACCUGCCUCCGCAUGUAACGGAACAGAGUCUCGGGACCUUCUUUGCUCGCUGUGGACCCGUCGGCUCGGUGAAAGUCAUGUGGCCCAGAGGAGACGCUACUCAUGGGCCUGGUGCGGAAAUGACAGCUUCCCGACGGACGAAGAACGCAGGUCUGAGUGGCUUCGUGUCAUUCAUGAAGCGCAAAGAUGCAGAGGCUGCGCUGAGAGAAUUAGACGGAUUCGACUGGGGAGGUUCGGUUCUCCGCGUCGGCUGGAGUAAAGCCGUACCGAUCGCUGCGAAGCCUCUUUAUAUAGUCACGAAGAAGGCGUCUUCACGGUCGCCAUCAAGGUCUAGAUCAAGGUCGCGGAGUCGCUCACGCGAGCGAUUGAGUCGGCAUCACUCUUACUCUCCCUCGCGCUCUCGAUCCCGGUCUCGAGAGUAUGAAGGCUCCGGUAAACAUCGGCCUUCCAGGCGAUCACGAAGUCACUCGCGAGGUCGUGAUUACUCUCCUUCACCUCCUGGCUACCGGCACCGUUCCACUAGUCGCAGACGAUUCGCCAGUCGAUCGCCUCGACGCUCCCAGAGUCCACGUGCAGUGCAUCUUGGUCUGGACGAAGAGAUCUCGGAUCAGUUCAUCCGGUUGGUUGCUACCGAAGUCAAGGGUCAUGAUGCGGAAUACGAGGAGAACCUCAAAGAGAGGGAGAAAGCAAAUCCUAGGUAUGCCUUCCUGAAACGCGACCACUGGAGGCACAAAUAUUUCCGCUCAUUAUUGGAUCGCAAUGAUGCAAUAGAGCCAGAAUUCGAUGACGAGGGAUACAACUCCGUAUAUUCCACAGACUCUGCCGAAGAGUCGGAAAGGGAGCAUGGUAGGAAGAAUGAGCUGGGCAAGCGUGCUCGAAAAAGAUUUGAAGCGAUGCUGCGUGCGCUCAGCGGAAAACGCGGGGAAAUUGCGCGGUGCAUGGCGUUCAGCCUUGAGCAUGCUGAGGCAGCGGCAGAGGUCUCCGACAUCAUCAUUGCAUCCUUAAUUGUCGAUGGGACUCCAGUGCCGCGCAAAGUUGCGCGCCUGCAUCUCAUUUGCGACAUCCUGCACAAUUCCGCUGCGCCGCUGCCCAUGGCUUGGAAGUUUCGACAAGAGUUUCAGUCGCGUCUUGGCCUUGUCUUCGAUCAUCUAUCGACCAUCUAUCACUCCUUCCCUGGGCGUAUCACUGCAGAAACGUUCAAAAAGCAAAUUACAGCGGUUCUCGACAUCUGGGAGGACUGGAUUGUCUUCUCUCCAGACUUCACCUCCGGACUGCGUGCACGGUUGGAGGGCUCGAUCGCACAGAAUACUACGCCGGAAGAGGAGGUGGAGACGACCCAAGUAAGGCAGAACACACCAACGGUAUCCAAGUUCAAGGCAAUCUCCUUCAAGCCCGCACACGAGCUCGCUGUAGAAGUCGAGACUGCUGCAGCAGACUCGGAUGAGGGCGAACAGAUGGAUCUGGGAAGCGAUGAUGAGGAUAAACCUGCUCAAGGCGUGGGUGUUUCGCCGCCGGUUGCUGACAUCGAUGGGGAACCUAUGGACGACGUUGACGGUGUUCCGAUUGAUGACAUUGACGGCGUACCCAUGGAUGACAUCGACGGUGAGCCCAUGGAUGGGGAUCCCAUUGACGGGGAACCUAUGGAAGAGGAUAUCGACGGUGUUCCUGUUGACGUCUGAUGGGUCCGUAAUAUACAGUCGGUCAAUGUAUACAUCCUGAUUCUGCAUUCUGGGUGCCCUAGCCUCAAUCUAUUGACUUCAUUGGUUUGUACGGGACGGCGACUUGUAUACACACGUUGCCUCAAUUAGUCUGC